AUGUUUCGUACCGCCGGCGAAGACACUGGGAGAACUCCCAAGUAUGAUGCCCCACCGUAUGAUCCCUCUGUCUGGGAAGGAAAGGACUGUGCCUUUAUAAGUACAUUGAAAGAUGUCUAUCAUGAUCAACAACGAAUGGAACGACAGUUACGAUCAGAAGCCAUUGCACAGGAUCUUGCUAGUCGACCGUUAUUCUCUCCUUCACAUACUCAACGUGGAAGUCGUUCAUCCACAUUGUGGGGUAGAUUAUUGGCGAAACUCUUUCCUCGCUAUUAUGCACGAAAAGAAAUGGCAGAUAUGUCCUUUGCUUAUAUGAAUAAUGAUGAGCUUGUCACCCGCAUGCACUUUGCUCUUCAGACUGGAGACACAGAACUCUCAGCUCUUAUUGCACGAGAAUUAGCCCGUCGUCGGGCACGUAUUUAUGAAAAGGAAGAAGAAGGAAAUAUAAAUAUUAAUGGAAGAAGUUCAGGAAGGGUAGGAGAUCGGUUUACAAUGGAUUCCAAACCACAGAGUAGAUUUAGUGGCGGGGAUGUUCGCUUCAGUGGUUCAGUUCCUCGCAGGAGUACUGUAUUUUCAGCGGAUUCAUCAUUUGUGGUGCCGGAGGUUUUGCUGCAGCAGCGAACAAGUGUAGGUGGAGGUACAAGAUUCUUUUAG